GUGUGUACGUUCUAGGUUGACACGAAAAGCACUGAAUGUGUACCAACCAACAAUAUGAUAAGAGGUAUUUGGACUAUGUGACGUUUCUCGUGCUAUGAAGAUUAUUUUUUGAUGUUUUUUGUGACCAACUAAUGGAUAUUUGAGCCGCGACGAAUCAGAUUAUUUCAAUACGCAAUCGUUUAAACAGAAGUAAGUCAAUAUUUGAAAUGAAUUUUUGAUUCGGACUUAUUGACUCGAAGUUAUCAGUUAUUAAUCUGAUAAGUAAAUAGAUUUUACUGCUUACAACAAGAUUCGAAUUAUUUUUUGUCAUCGAACUUUUAUUUGAAAAAAGAACCUUGUUUUGAUAAUUUUUGAAUUUUUUUAAAAAAAAAUAUUCAAUUAUACUUCAUGUUAACGCACAAGAGCUUUCCUGAUUGCUCUACCAUGCCUUCUGGUAAUUACAUGCCAGUGACAUCCAUGCCCAUGUCCCUCAACUAUUCGACUCCUCAAUUUAAUGCUGGACUUUUGUCACCACAAAAUAUGGCAGCUGUUGCCCCAGCGUGUAUGACACAACCUAUGCCGCCUAUUGGCAGUAUAACACCACUCAACAAUGUUGCUCCAAAUCGAACCGAUAUGCAAACUUAUGUCAAUACAGAUUAUCAUUCUGACCCCAACUUGGCUCUGAAGGCUAGGAAUGAUAAGUUUAGAAGAUCUCUUCCUCACGCCAAACCUCCAUAUUCCUACAUAUCGUUGAUUACGAUGGCAAUUCAAAACAGUCCCCAGAAAAUGCUGACCCUUAAUGAGAUUUAUCAAUUCAUUGUGGACAUUUUCCCUUUUUACCGCCAAAACCAACAAAGAUGGCAGAAUUCCAUACGACACAGCCUAAGCUUCAACGAUUGCUUCGUGAAAGUGGCUCGAACUCCGGAUAAGCCAGGAAAAGGUAGCUUUUGGGCUCUGCAUCCCGAAUCUGGCGACAUGUUCGAGAAUGGUUGUUUUCUAAGGCGCCAAAAACGUUUCAAGUGUACGAAGAAAGAAGCUAUCCGUCAGACUCAAAAGUGCCAAAAAAGUCCUGGAGAUCAAGGUGUGAAGUCUGAACCCGAGAUAAAUUCUUCGCCAAAAAUGGAUCCAAAAUCUUCACCUAUGAAAGUUCCAGAGAUGGAACAGCCAUGCUUGCCGCCUGUAAACACAUCGUUGCCCUCGACAACAGAUGCCUAUCAACAAAUGUACCAAAUCCAAUCAUUCAACGCCAACAGCAAUGCAACUAAUAGUUCCAGAAACAGACUAGACUGUUACAAGCAAGAAAUGCUUUAUUCUUCGCACAGGUAUCCAGAAUCCUGCUCCGUAUCCGAUCCAGGAAUGGAUCACAAUGCUUACCAGGACAUUAUGAAGGACUUGUUCUUCCUGCAGCAACCAAACUACAAACUAGAACCAGGUUUUAAUGCUACUAGUCAUCCUUUUUCAAUAAAUAAUAUAAUUUCGAACCCUGAUCCAAAAAUGGAUUCCAAAUUCUUUGAAAUGACAGUGCCUCAUUAUAGUAACUAUGGUUCUAGCAUGCCAACUAGUGACAAUAUGGCAUACUAUUCCCCAUCUUUCUAUUCUGUGCCCCAACCUGUUACUUCCGAUGUGUGAAUCAGCCAUUUCUGUCCGAUUUAUAAGUACUUAAAAGCAAUGGACUUGCUUUCUAGA